ACUAAAUAUGGAUCACACGAAACUCGCCCAGGAGAAUAAAUUUAAGCUAGCAGUAAUAUUCGAGCAUUAUGCUUAUAAAAAAGUUAUAUAGCUAUUUAAAUGUGUUCUAAUAUAAAAGAGAACUUAAAAAAGGGGGCAAAUCAAUAUCUUUGUCCCCACUACAAAAUAAAGAAACAGCCCCUUAUGCUCUUUGAAUGUAACUUUUGAUUUUUUAGAAUUAUAAAAAAUUUCGAAUUAUCUUAAUUCUUAAGUAUGGUACAAUUAUUAGGUCUUAUUCUUUUUUUUAGAUAGAACCAUUAUCAACGAAAUUUUAAACAAUAUUGAUUUUGAAAACAUCUACCCAAACGUAAGAUUGUUUGUUUCUAUUUAGAACUUUACCACACUUAUUGAUAUAUUUUAAUUUUCAUAAGUACUCCAAGAUGACACUUCUUGUAUGGUUGAUGUCAUUUGAUUAUUACCGGAAUAAAUUUAAACCAAGAAAAUUAGAUGAAAAGGAGAUAUUGAGUUUCAAUAAAUUGCAAUUGAUUGAAAUAGCUGACAUUCUAAAGGAGAUACAAAUUCAAUUGGCCGCAUCUUUUUCGAAAUUUCGAAUAAAACAUUGUGCGCUAUCAUUGUCUGAUAUGUUGCCAAGACAUUUGCGUAAUGAACGAUUCAAAAAGUCUUCGGAAACUGUUAUUAGUUGUUGGAUAAACACAUUCCUGACCAGCACAGAGAACGUAUUAACUGUAUUAAGCAAAUCAGGACUAACUCAAAUGAAGAAUUCUGAAGAUUUAAUUCCCGAAACAUUUAAAACGGAUCAUUUACUGCCUUAUUUUAUACACAUUUAUCCGAAAGAGAAAUCGGAGUUCUUAAAAAAAAUUCCACUGUUUCAGAAACAUUUAUUGAUUUUACAGAAUAACAUGGUGCCAUAA